AUGAGCGUCAUCUCGCCUCAGGAAGUAGCCAAACACAACACUAAAGAUGACAUUUGGGUCAUUAUUCAUGGCAAAGUCUAUGAUCUAACCAACUUUCUUCCUGAACAUCCUGGAGGACAAAAGAUUAUCUUAAAGUACGCUGGUAAAGAUGCCACCAGUGCAUUUGAGCCCAUUCAUCCUCCUGAUAUCAUUCAGCGUUUCCUUGCUCCUGAAGUGUGUAUGGGAUCCAUUGAUGCAGAAGCCCUUUCCAAGAUUCCCAAGGUCGAAACUGAAGAGGACAAGAAGAUUAGAUUAGCUCGAGAGAAGAUGCCUAGAAUAGAUGAGAUGUACAACUCGUUUGAUUUUGAAACUGUUGCCAAAUCAGUCUUAAAACCUGAUGCUUGGGCCUACUACUCUUCUGGUGCCGAUGAUGAGAUCUCCAUGAGAGAAAACCACAACGCCUUUCAUCGUAUCUGGCUUCGCCCUCGCGUCAUGGUCAAUGUCAAAAAUGUAGAUGCCUCUACCACCAUGCUUGGUUCUCGCACAUCGCUGCCUUUAUAUAUCACUGCUACUGCGCUUGGUAAACUGGGCCAUCCUGAGGGUGAGGUUGUCUUGACAAAAGCUGCUAAAAAUCGAAAUAUCAUCCAAAUGAUUCCUACAUUAGCUUCUUGUUCAUUUGAUGAGAUUGUCGAUGCAGCCGCUCCUGGUCAGACGCAAUGGCUUCAACUGUAUGUCAAUGGCAAUCGCGAGGUAUCCGAGAAGUUUGUUCGCCAUGCUGAAUCCAGGGGAAUGAAAGGCCUCUUUAUCACAGCAGAUGCUCCUCAAUUAGGUCGUCGUGAGAAAGAUAUGAGACAAAAGUAUUCCCAAGAAGAUCCCGAUGAAAUUGCUCGUAAUGCCACAAAAGUCAAUCGAGAUGAAGGUGCUGCUCGUGCUAUCAGUAGCUUCAUUGAUCCAUCCCUCUGUUGGGAUGAUGUUGCUUGGUUUAAAUCUAUUACAAAAAUGCCAAUCCUUAUCAAGGGUAUUCAAACUCCUGAAGAUGCUGUUCUGGCUGCAAAGCACGGAUGUCAAGGUGUUGUCUUGUCCAAUCACGGUGGUAGACAACUUGAUUUUGCACCUUCUUCUAUUGAAAUCUUGGCAGAGACCAUGGAGGCCUUGAAGCGAGAAGGCUUGGAUAAAGGGUUUGAAGUUUAUAUCGAUGGCGGUGUCCGUCGUGGUAGUGAUAUCUUUAAAGCCAUUGCACUUGGUGCUAAAGGUGUUGGAAUCGGGCGUCCAUUUUUGUACGCCAUGUCUGCUUAUGGUGUUGAGGGUGUUGAAAAGCUGUUGGAGUUGUUCCAGCAUGAGUUUGAGAUGGUCAUGCGUUUGAUGGGUGUCACUCGUAUUGAAGACAUCAAGCCUGAAAUGGUUGAUAUUCGAAACAUCAAGGAUCAUUUUGUUGCUAAUCCUGUCGAUCAUUUGGCAAAUGCCUCUUAUGAAAGAAUGCAACCUAGAGGCCUUUCAUCUAAAUUGUAA